AUGGUCUUCACUCCUCCGUCCUGGGUGCCCCAGCUCCCAAUUGACCCCCCGGACUCCCUAACGAUAGCGGAAUUUAUGCAACGAGAAGAGUUUGGUCGCCGCCCCUUAUCGAGCAGUCGCAAUCCCUUCACAUGCGGUCUCACCGGACGCACUUACGCGGCGCCCGAGUUCUUCCAAAGAGCAGGAUCUUUAGCUCGCGCCUUCGCGAAGAGGCUAGGGUGGUCGCCCAACGAGGCAACUCCCUGGGACAAGAUUAUUGGUAUCUUUUCCUUUAAUACGAUUGACUACAUCACCGUCGCGUAUGCUACUCAUCGCCUAUCCGGAAUCGUUACUCCCGCCAACGCGGUCUACUCAACCCAGGAGCUUCAGCAUCAGCUAAAGUCGUCCGGAGCAAAGGCCUUGAUCACAUGCGUUCCUCUUUUGGAGACCGCCCUCCAGGCGGCAGAGGGUGCGGGAAUCGCCCACGACAAGAUCUUUAUCAUGGAUAUCCCGGGCUUUCAGUUGAAGGACGGGAAGUUCACCACCGUUGAGGAGCUUAUUAUUGAGGGCAAUAGCCUGCCGGAACUCGACCCCCUCCGAUGGACCAGGGGCCAAGGAGCUCGCCAGACCGCGUUCCUUUGCUAUUCCAGUGGCACCUCUGGACUUCCGAAGGCAGUCAUGAUUUCCCAUCGAAAUGUCAUUGCCAAUAUUCUCCAACAUGUCACGUACGAGUCCGUAGGACGAAAGUCGAAGCGUGUUGAUACCCAGAACGUCCUUUGUUUCCUCCCCUUUUCACACAUCUACGCACUGGUCGUGAUCGCCCACACCUGCACAUGGCGCGGCGAUGGAAUCAUCGUUCUUCCCAAAUUCGACUUUACACACUAUCUCGAGUCGAUUCAGAAGUAUAGGGUGAACCAGCUUAUUGUCGUCCCUCCUGUCAUCAUUAGCAUGCUCCAGCAGAAGGAUAUUUGCCGCAAGUACGACCUCAGCAGCGUGCGGUUCGUCUUCAGCGGUGCCGCUCCACUUGGUGAAGAGACGAUCGACGAGAUAAAAGAGAUGUAUCCAAAUUGGACGAUAGCUCAAGCUUAUGGUAUGACUGAGACAUCCGUCGUCGUAACCGCUCCGAGCGAACAUGACAUCUUCCCCAGGGCCUCGGGUUCUCUCCUCCCCGGUAUCCAAGCAAAACUCAUCGACUCCCAAGGCAGUGAAAUUACCGCCUACGAAACGCCCGGAGAGCUUCUCAUCCAAGGCCCGGCCGUUGUUUUGGGAUACUUGCACAAUGAGAAGGCCACUGCCGAGACUUUUGUUCACCACCAUGAUGGUCGGUGGAUUCGUACAGGAGACGAAGCUCUCGUGGCAGUCUCACCUGCUGGAAAUGAGCAGAUUGUUAUCGUUGACAGGAUUAAGGAACUCAUCAAAGUCAAGGGUCAUCAAGUAGCGCCGGCCGAGCUCGAAGCUCACAUCCUCUCUCACCCGGACGUGUCCGACUGCGCUGUAAUACAAGUUCCCGAUCUCAAAUCAGGCGAGGUUCCCAAGGCUUUUGUCGUCAAGGCUCCCCACGCCACCUCGAAGUCCGACGAACUCCUCGCUCAGAUCAUUACGAAAUAUGUCGCCGAUCACAAGGCUCAUUACAAAUGGAUCAAGGGUGGUGUUGAGUUUUUGGGCGCCAUUCCCAAGUCCCCGAGCGGGAAGAUUUUGAGACGUGUGUUGAGAGAUCAGGAUAGGGAGGCUAGGAGGAAGAAGGGAGCCAAGAUUUAG